GGACUGACCAACGAAACAUGUUUUGUAGGCCUACAGCUGAUUUCUUCGCCAACAUUUCUUCUGGAUGUGGAUCAUAUAAGAACAAGAGCUUUUAAUUCUGUAAUAUUUUGUGUAAUUUAAAUACGGCCAUAUUUAGCAUGCACGCUGUGGGGAGAGUUGCCGCGUUCAAAACAACUGGGAACUCAGAACUGGGAAAUCGGAAAUAAUCUCGGACUUCCGACUUCAGUGCUUUCAAAACAACUGGGAACUCAGAACUGGGAAAUCGGAAAUCUCCGACUGGGAAAAAUCGAUCUGAAUGGUCAUCCAACUCGGAAUUACAAAUCUUUCUAGAGCUCCGACUUUCCGACGUGAGGAUCACUGAAGUCAUGAUUUAACCUCGUAUUAUUCGAGUCCACAGUUGUUCUGAACGCCGCAAAUGUAGUGUAGACUUGAACAUGCUGCCAGUCGUUGUUACAUAACGGAAACUUUGGCAAGGGGGCUGAACUGAGCAGGAGUAAUUUAACACGGGUCAAAUGUGGAGUCGCGGUGCGCGGUGAAUACAGGCUAAAUCAGACUCAAGACAUGUCUUCCCGAGACUACGACUGCAUAGUGAUAGGAGCCGGGGUUCAGGGCUCUUUCACUGCCUAUAACCUUGCGAAAAAGAACAAGAAAACACUUCUACUUGAACAGUUUGUUCUGCCGCACUCUCGUGGCAGCUCUCAUGGCCAGACACGCAUCAUCCGCAAGGCCUAUGACGAGGACUACUACACCCACAUGAUGGAGGAGUGUUAUCAGCUCUGGUCUCAGCUGGAGAAAGAGGCUAACGUCAAGCUGUACAGACGUACAGGUCUGCUAGUGAUGGGUCCAGAGCAGGGGGACUACCAGGUGUUCAAGUCCACCCUGGAGAGGAACAAGGUUCCCAUAGUCAUCCUGCCGAGGGAGGAGUUCAGCCAACACAUCCCCCAUGUUAACCUGUCCCAGGGAAACGCAGCCCUGGUGGACACCACUGCCGGAGUGCUGUACGCUGACCGCACACUCAAAACGGUACAGGGACAGUUCCAGAAACUGGGGGGCGUGAUCAAGGACGCACAGAAGGUGAUUGACAUCACACCGGGCUCUGUGGUAACCGUGACGACAGUCAGUGGGGUGUACAGAGCUAAGCGCUUGGUGAUCACAGCUGGACCCUGGGCCAACACCCUGCUGUCCCACACAGGCCUUCAGCUACCACUGCAGGUGCUAAAGAUCAACGUGUGCUACUGGAGAGAGAAGAUCCCUGGCUCCUACAACGUCCAGCACCGCUUCCCCUGCUUCAUCCAGCUGGAGUCAGAGGAGGCCAAGCAUGACAUCUACGGCCUCCCGUCCAAUGAGUACCCAGGCCUGAUGAAGAUUUGCUACCACACGGGCCCUGAGACGGACCCUGAUGAGAGAGACAGACAGAUGGACAAGGGGGACAUAGACAUCCUACAGCGCUACAUCACCCGCUGCUUCCCUGGCCUGGUGCCCAUCCCUGCUGUGGUGGAGACCUGCAUGUACACAGUCACGCCAGACGACCAUUUUGUCCUGGACCACCAUCCCACUCAUAGUAACAUCAUCAUCGGAGCAGGCUUCUCGGGUGUUGUGGGGGGCUUCUCCCUGGCCCAAAGGGCCAACGGCUGGGGUCUCCUGGCUCCUGUUCCAUCUGCUCUGAUAGCCGCCUCCUACAGUCAUGGAUUCAAGUUUGGCCCAAUCGUUGGCAAGCUGCUGUGUGAACUGAGCCAGGGAGAAGUGCCCUCCUAUGACCUCUCCCCCUUCAGAAUCAGACGCUUCCAAGCCCCCUCCAAGUCAGCACUGUAGGAUCGGGACCGCUGGCUUUAACAACCUCAGGAACCAGACCUUUACAAAAUGAAGAAAUUAAAGGUUUUCAUACCAGUGUGUCUGAAGCCUAAACAAACAAUGGCCGUUCGUAAAUAAAUACUUAAUUUUCCAGCUAAUCAUUGAGAAAAGUGAUGUAGGGAGGAGAGCCUUAUGAAGGAAAAAGGAAACUGCACACUGCUCUUGAUAGUAUCACCGAUCUUUAAUAAGCUUUACGUAUCGGCCUUCGUCAGAACUUUGAAAUGGAGAGCCUUGAAAUGAGAAGAGGAAACAAAUCAAUGAUUCACUAAAGCUGAUCUAUCAGCUGCUGUGUUUGUACUGCUCUGUAAAUCAUACUCUCAUAGCCUCUGCUUGGACCUGGGACCCGUCCUGCAGCAUUUCAGACAAUACUAAUAAUAAUGUAUUACAUUUGUAAUGCACAUAAUAAAAGAGCAACUAAAAAAUAGGUUAGAUAUAUUUUUUUUGUUAUUUUAAACAUCUCAUGAAAGCAACAAAGUCUAAGAGGAAGGCCAUAAUGGUAGGCCAGCUGAUAGAGAAUCUAAAGGCCAACUAUAACAUUGUUGUACAACUGUAAACGCGUUCAUCUGUGACAAAUGGUAUUAAACUUGGGGAAAAAUGGUA